AAUAGUCUUCGGGAGUGACCGUAUCCUCAGAGGCAAAGACUGUGUACGAAGAGGUGAAGAAAGACAAGAAACACCGUUAUAUCAUAUAUCACAUCAAAGACGAGAGGGUGAUUGACGUGGAGUCGACGGGAGCACGAGAUGCCACUUAUAGCGAGUUCUUAGAGAAGCUGCAGAACUAUAAGAACGAAUGCCGUUACUGUGUAUUCGACUUUCCGGCCAACAUUCCCGUCGACGCCGGACAGGAAAAGUCCUCAAUGAGUGUCGACCGACUCGUUCUCAUGACUUGGUGUCCGGAGAGUUCAAAGAUCAAGCAGAAGAUGCUGUACUCGUCGUCGUACGACGCGCUGAAGAAGGCGUUGGUGGGGGUGUAUAAGUACGUCCAGGCGUGCGAUUUCGAAGAGGCCUCUCAGGAGACAUUAGAGGACGCCUUCCGAAAGGGCGGCAAAUAAACCACAAUUCAAUUCUAAUCUCAUCGCUUGAGUUAUAACUAAAUUUAUAAUUAUUAAUGUAUUUGAAAGUAAUAAGUGAUCCGAACUUUUAACCGAAUAAUAAAAUAUAAAAAGCAA